UGUCAGCUAACAGGCGCAGCAACCGAUCUAUGCAUCUCGAAGGAAUAGCACCAGCACGUUCUGCAGAGAGCGGCUGUGGUUGGCCAGGGGGACCAUGAUAUCGCCGCACGUGGUUGGCGAGAGGGUGUCGCGCGACAGACAGCCUUAAGCGAAGGGUGUACGGAGGACUGGAUACAAUGGUACCUAGUCCCCCGAGCGGGCCGAUGGGUCAAUUCGGGGGGGAAGUGGGUGUGCAUGGGUGGGGGCAGCCAGGCCCCGUCCGACCAGACUAGUACUAGUGCCAUGCUGGUGAUGAUGAAUGGCCUUAGCUAUACGAUGGCCUAUGAAAGGGGCGAGUUAAGGGCGCAAACCGAAACUGUAGGUCGUCGGGUGGGCUUGAGCCAUGAUGUCUUUUAAGCUGGACCCAAAGGUGGGUUAACGUCAUGCAGAGGCUAAGCUGGAAUGUGUCCUGCCUGUGUAUCUGACUCGAGAGGAAAGUG